AUUUCCUCUUCCAUUUUCGAAACCCAUAGCUGCCCUAAUUUCCUCUUCCAUUUUCGAACCCUAACCCGGCAACAAGCUCCACAAUCGACGCCGGCAGAAGGAACUCCAACGGGCAGAAGGAACUCCCGGUCCCGGAUCGAAGCUGCUGUCAGCGGCGUCGUCAUCUAGUCGUCUGAACUCUGGAGCUUCUGGCGUCGGUGUCGUCUGGUCGCCCUGGUCGUCGGCGUCGUUGUUCUGGUCGUCCUGGAACUUAGGCCUUCUUGCUCUCUGCCACGGACCAUAAAAAUUAAAACAGAAAUCUUGUGAACUGCAGUUAAUAAAUUGAAGUAAGUUCUUUUUUGGCCAAAAUCACUGGCCAUGGAUGACAUAUUCGAUUCUUCGCUGAACUUGGAGGAGACCCACCACAAGGAAGGAUACAACCAAGGCUAUUCUGAAGGUCUUGCUACUGGCAAGGAAGAGGCCAGGCAGGUGGGCCUCAAGGUAGGCUUCGAGGUCGGUGAGGAGUUGGGCUUCUACAAGGGCUGCAUUGACCUCUGGGUCUCUGCUAUCCGGGCUGACCACACGGUGUUCUCUUCUCGGGCCCAAGCAGGUAUCAGGCAGAUGGAAGAGCUGCUCCAGAGGUACCCCAUGAUGGACCCGGAGGACCAGCACGUGCAGGAGAUCAUGGAUGAGCUGAGGCGCAAGUUCAAGAUGGUGUGUUCUUCGCUGCACAUCAAGAAGAUUGAGUAUGAUGGGUACCCGAAAGCAGCUGCUUCCGACGCCAGCAGUCUUGAGUUUUAAAGGUGUUUCUUCUUUCUACUGUUGUAGACUUACAGCAUCUGAGAUUUAGUGAGGAUUUUCCUGCUGGGGCUGAAAAGUUAGUGUUUGGUUCUGGGAAUGAAAAUGCCCCAUGGAUUGGUUAUGAACUUAUGAUCAUCUUUAGUAACAUCAGAUCCUGCUAUGAUCUAAAUUGUAUAUAUAUAUAUAUAUAUAUAUAUUCUGAGGUGAAUUUUUAAUAUUAGAAUAUGUUUAGUAGUAUCUUAGAUUUGAUGAAAUUAUUUCUAAGUGUUACAUUUCUAAUUAUUAUAUUAUUAAUUUUGUAGUUGAGUUA